UUAUAACUAAUGAUAAUACGUUAUUACACAUGUAUCGUACACGUAACGGACUUGAAUGAAAAAUUUUUAAGUACGAAUCGAAUCACUAUGGGUAGCCUAUGCGUUAAAGUAACUAUUCAGCAAACUGGAAUUUUAGUCGCUCACUUAUACAUGUGCACCUAGCUAUACUUACUUGUUAAAUAUGAAUUAAAAUUGUUUAGUCGUACGUACAUAUAUUGCGUUUAUAGUAUUAUGGGUAGCAUUAACCGAAUUACGUGAUCGAACGUUCUUCAUUAUCACCAGAAUUCACCCACGAUUUUGCCCAGGUAUGAUAUUAAUAAAAUUGGUCGUUUCGAUAUACUUCGUGUUAUUGUUCCUAUGCGUAAGAUGCGCCGAUUUCGAUGUUGGAAAUUCGAUCGAUUUAUUAGCCCAAUUCGGUAUCGUUGCAAACAUCUUACCGAUCGGGUCCGAGGAUCCGGCUGGAUUCGUUGAUACUUCAUUUUCAAACAAUGUGUUUGAUAAAAAUGCCAUCUCCAAAAAUAGAGAAGUAUUCAAGGUCGAUGAAGGAAAAGGAACAUGGAAAAUACAUUUAUGCAGAAACGCAGAAAGUCUACUGAAUACUUUCUUCGACAACUACAACGUCGAACUAGCGAAUAGAACAUCCAAAUUAUUCGCAUCAACGUGGAGAUUAAAGCAGUUGGAAAUUCUUUUCGGUAUUCCACAGUUUUAUCUGAUGAAUCAAUUCGCAUUUCUGCUGAUCAGACAAGAAAAAUGCUCGACUAAGGUCAUAUUGAAGAAUUUACCCGAAAAUGAAACAUCACUUAAUAGCACAUUUCAACAAAUGGUUGAAAGUAUCAAUCCACCCGAGACUAUAACCAUCUAUCCAACAUUUUUAAACUUUGGAACGCAUUUUGUUAAAUCGUUUUCAGUUGGAGAUGUCAUAUUUCAGGUGCUGGUUUACCCAAAAGAGACCUUACACUGUUUUGUGGUUAACGAAAAAGACAACGAAGUUACCGGAAUGUAUCUCGACUGCGUUCUUAAUAGAAUCGUAAGACACGGCAAAAUCAAAACUUUAAGUAACACUUUUCAAAUGGAGCAGCUAUUCAAUGAAAUAUAUAAUGCUAAUUCCACAAGUUCUCAUCAUAAGCAUUUACUAGAUUUAAAGCUACAGAAAGUUAACAUUUCUGACGAUGUAUGUAAAUUAAGUAAUAUGGCAAUCACUGGUUUUAGUUUAAGUGGUAUUUAUAAUGUAAUUUUUAAUUCAACUAAAUCCCUAUUUGUAAAAGAAAUGAUUUUAAAUCAAAUGGAAAUUAGGGAUUUUUACCUUUAACAAAGUAUUAAUUUUUUAAAUCGACAUCUCAAUUCAUCAAAACAUAAAAAAUCUGUGGUCAAGUAGGCAGGUAUUUUUUUCUUUAAGUAUUUUACCUAGAAUGGGUAUUUAAUUAACAGAUGUAGGUAAGUAUAAAGUUUGACGUUUAAAGAUGUUGAUAACCAAAAUAUGAAAGUUCGUGAACUUUUUAAGCAUGUCUGUGAAAUAUAAAAAUAUUUUACCUAAGGUAAUCGAUUAUUAUGAUUUAAGUAAAUUAAUUUAUUACACCUGUAAAAUUGAUAUCAGAUACUUUCAAACCCCGAUUUGCCCCCCCUCUCCCCUCCCCCAUCAUAAACUGCACAUUUUUUGAAUAAAGAUUUUAUUUUUUUAAA